GCCUUGAAUAUUGUGGUUCCCUUCAUGUUUAAAUAUGCUGUAGACAGCCUCAACCAGAUGUCAGAAAACAUGCUGAACCUGAGUGAUGCGCCAAAUACAGUUGCAACCAUGGCAACAGCAGUUCUGAUAGGCUAUGGUGUAUCAAGAGCCGGAGCUGCCUUUUUUAAUGAAGUUCGAAAUGCAGUAUUUGGCAAUGUAGCCCAAAAUUCAAUCCGAAGAAUAGCCAAGAAUGUCUUUCUGCAUCUUCACAAUCUGGAUCUGGGUUUCCACCUGAGCAGACAGACAGGAGCUUUAUCUAAAGCUAUUGACAGAGGAACUAGGGGAAUCAGUUUUGUCCUGAGUGCUUUGGUAUUUAAUCUUCUUCCCAUCAUGUUUGAGGUGAUGCUUGUCAGUGGUGUUUUGUAUUACAGAUGUGGUGCCCAAUUUGCAUUGGUGACCCUUGGAACACUUGGUACAUACACAGCAUUCACAGUUGCAGUCACACGGUGGAGAACUAGAUUUAGAAUAGAAAUGAACAAAGCAGAUAAUGAUGCAGGUAAUGCUGCUAUAGACUCACUGCUGAAUUAUGAAACUGUGAAGUAUUUUAAUAAUGAAAAUUAUGAAGCACAGAGAUAUGAUGGAUUUUUGAAGACCUAUGAGACAGCUUCAUUGAAAAGUACUUCUACUCUGGCUAUGCUGAACUUUGGUCAAAGUGCUAUUUUCAGUGUUGGUUUAACAGCCAUAAUGGUGCUUGCCAGUCAGGGAAUUAUGGCAGGUACUCUUACCGUUGGAGACCUAGUAAUGGUGAAUGGACUACUUUUUCAGCUUUCAUUACCGCUUAACUUUCUGGGAACUGUAUAUAGAGAAACUAGACAAGCGCUCAUAGAUAUGAACACCCUGUUUACUCUACUCAAGGUAGACACACGAAUUAAAGACAAAGUGAUGGCACCUUCCCUUCAGAUCGCACCAGAGACAGCUACUGUGGCCUUUGAUAAUGUACAUUUUGAAUACAUUGAAGGGCAGAAAGUCCUUAAUGGUAUAACUUUUGAAGUCCCUGCGGGGAAGAAAGUGGCCAUUGUAGGAGGUAGUGGGUCAGGGAAAAGCACAAUAGUAAGACUAUUGUUUCGCUUCUAUGAGCCCCAGAAGGGUAGCAUUUACCUUGCUGGUCAAAAUAUACAAGACGUGAGCCUGGAAAGCCUUCGGAGGGCAGUGGGAGUGGUACCACAGGAUGCUGUUCUCUUUAAUAUUACUAUUUACUACAACCUCUUAUAUGGAAAUAUCAGCGCUUCUCCUGAAGAAGUAUAUGCAGUGGCAAAAUUAGCUGGACUCCAUGAUGCAAUUCUUCGAAUGCCACAUGGAUAUGACACCCAAGUAGGGGAAAGAGGACUCAAGCUUUCAGGAGGAGAAAAGCAAAGAGUAGCAAUCGCAAGAGCCAUUUUGAAGGACCCUCCAGUUAUUGUCUAUGAUGAAGCCACUUCAUCAUUAGAUUCAAUUACUGAAGAGACUAUUCUUGGUGCCAUGAGGGAUGUGGUCAAAUAUAGAACUUCUAUUUUCAUUGCACACAGAUUAUCAACAGUGGUUGAUGCAGAUGAAAUUAUUGUCUUGGACCAGGGUAAGGUAGCUGAACGUGGUACUCACCAUGGUUUGCUUGCUAACCCUGGAAGUAUCUAUUCAGAAAUGUGGCAUACACAGAGCAACCGUGUGCAGAACCAUAACCCCAAAUGGGAUGCAAAGAAAGAAAAUAUGUCCAAAGAGGAGGAAAGGAAGAAAUUACAAGAAGAAAUUGUUAACAGUGUGAAGGGCUGUGGAAAUUGUUCCUGCUAAGUCACCUCAAACAUUUCUUUUUUGUUUUGGACUACACAUUUGCACUGAAGCAGAAUUGUUUUAUUAAAAAAAAAAUACAUUCCCUAUCUCUAUCAUCCUUAUUUUAGAUAAGAUUUAUUUAAAAGGAUAUUUGAGUCUUUUUUCCUUCACAAUUUAUUUAACUUGGUCUCUGUAUUUAUCCCCAAAUGAUUUUCUUGUUACUACCUUGGAUAUGCUCAAUGCCUAAUUUUGGUUAUCAUUUGACUUUACUCCAUUAUCCUUUUGAGGGCCUGUCAUCCAUUUGAUAGCCAUAACCAGAUGAAUCAGAUUGGUCUCCAAAUUUUUGUAGUGUUUAAAAUCUCUUUUAUGCUGACAAUUUACAAGGAAAGUGUCUAUUUCUUAAAAGUAAAGGAAAAAGGGAAAAAAUAUGACAGUGUAGGUUUAUUGUUUUCCUCCUCCAACUGAAAUACUUCAUUGAUGUGAAAAUUAAUUUAUAAACACACUUAAAGUUAAAACUUGUCAGAAAUAGAUAUACAUUUAAAGUUUGGAAUUCUUACUUGGUAGACAACUGACAAUUUUUGAAGUAUUUCCAACUGUAUGCUUUUUGGAGCAAAAAAAAAUUCUCAUGUUGGUAUGUAGAACAUUUUUCAUCAUUAACCAAUUCAAUAACUAUCAUCUAGUGAGUAGAAUUACAGUUUUCUGCCAAAAUGAGGCAAUUUUUAAAAGGUCAAAAUUUAUUUUCCUUUAAGAUUUACAAACCCUUAUGUAAUUUAAGUGUUGCUGUAUUGUGAGUGAUCUGAAAAGCUUAGGAAGUUAAUGGCCUUUUCUAUUUCAUCUUAAAUGCACUUUUGCUCUCUGAAGUUACAUAAAGAGACAAGUAAAUGGACUGUUGUGUGUGCACACGUGUGUAUGUACACCUGCUCACAUGCAUAGAAAUCAAUAUCCAUUUAAAAAUUAUUAAAGACCGUUAGGUAAAUAGAGUAUUACAUAUGUGUAUUCUUUAGAUGAUUGGGACUCUAAUCCAUGUUGACACUUCAGAAGCACUUCAUUACUAGGUCUUCCCUUUCUUUUUCAGUAGUUUUUAGAUGAGUUCCUUUAAGUCUGGUUUAACAGUAGAAGCAAAAAUAACAUAAUCAAGUUUUACCUGGCAGUAAAACAAAACUAGUUUUACUUACUAGAAAAAAAACAUAAUAAAUGUUGGCAUAUGUUCACUUAGAAGAGUUUAUCUCUUUUCUAAUACGAAUUUGCUUUAAUUUGUCUGGUAGUAAUUGUUUAGUUUGAAAAAUUAGUGUAUCUCAUGAAUGGUCACACUACCAUAUCUAAUGAGAUUUUGUAUCUCAGAACAGGUCCUAAAGUACUUAUUUUACUGGUUUACAGUUUUGAUGUGUUUUAAAUGAUAGUUUGGUAUAGGAGAGAUAAAUAAUUUUGUGUCUUGUAUUAUUGAUAUUGGUGGGAUAUCUAAACUUAUAUAACUUAGAUGCCCUCUUUUGUUAUAAAAAGGCAAUUUGAUCUAUAACUUGAAGCCAGAAUUUCGUAGUUAGUCUUUGAUAGCAAUGGAUGCAGGAUCUUGCUUUUAGAGUUGGAGUUAACAGUGAAAUGCAUAAUCAGCUACAAAAUGAGUUGUGGGUUUUCUGGGAGUUUGUGUUUGUUUUUGACAUUUCUUAUUCUUAAUCCAUAGACAUUAUUGCUCUUCUGAAGAAUAAAAAGUACUUCUUUUGAAUAAAUCAA